AUGUCACGGCCUUUCUACCAGACUGGCCCCCUCGGGUCGACCCCUGAGACUCCAACAACAGCAACUGAGCACGACGACGACGAUGAUGAAUCAUCAUCGUCGGAGCUUGGUGAUGCCGCAGGCAGAGAUGGUCUGAGUGGAGUCAACCUCCAUACCAAGGGAACUGAGUUCUAUGGAAAUUCAUCGAAUUUGGCAUUCCUUGGAAACCUCUUUGCAAGGGCCCAGCAUCAGUCUGAGGGUCGUGAUUCUGUGGGCAGCCAGGAUAUUGCACCAAGAAUCACGACAAACAGACCACAGCCAUCAUCACCUGAGAACAGAUCCACGCCUGGCAAGUCGCAACUCUCCAUUGUGAACCUGCUCUAUAAUGCAGAUUAUACUGGCCACCCAUCACCACAAUCCUACGAUGGUGCAGAAGGUGGCCCCAACAAAACUUCCUCCUACGCAAAGGCAAAUGCACCAGGGAGCGCAGCUGGACCCAUCAAUAACCACGGAGCACAAACGGAAAUCGAGAAAAUCUUCAUCGGCAGCUACUUCACAAACAAGCACUAUAUUCAUCCGAUCUUAUCAAAAGGUGCCUUCAUGCGACGAUGCGAGCGCGAAGCAUGGCCCAUCUCCCGACGAGCCGGUCUUUUCCGCAGUACCACCAAGUUUGCAGGGCUGUAUUUUGCCGUGGUUGCGCUGGGUGCCAUCAAUGCUAGCCCGAAUGAGACCGCUUUACUGGAUCAUUUCUAUCAGCAGUCUGCCGAUCCGGAGCGGGUUGUACCGGUGACUUAUUAUUCAGCUCUCGACUUUGCGAAAUUCUAUUUCGGAAUCGCAAAGAUAGCACUCGGUGAUUUGUUUGAGAGUAGUUGUUUGGAGACGGCUCAAGCGUUGUUCCUUUUGAGCGUUUUCCGCCAGAAUUCCCUCCAGCCUCAUAGCUGUUACAUGUACAGUGGCAUGGCUGUCCGGACAGCUGCGGCCAUUGGACUUGCGUCGAGCAUGUCUUCGCUGCCUCCUAGCCGGCGGCGGGAGGCGAAGCGCACAUGGUGUCUCUCUUCCGAAAUUGAAGGCAAGCGAAAGGAGAAAAGAAACAUUCAUGCAACAUAUGGCUCAGUACUAACAAAGCCACAGAUUCACUACGGAGAUCUUGACCCCGACGCCGAAGACAACGACGUCGCCAUGAUCCCAGUCAUGGUAUCCCUCGCACAAAUCAUGUCCGAAGCAUCCCACCAACUCUACCAUUCAGCCCAACGCUCUCUAAGCGACAAAUCCCGUCUAGCAAUGGGCCUCGACAGAAGACUUCAAGAGUGGAAGUCCAACAUCCCGGCAUUCCUAAACCUCGACGCACGUCCGCUCAGUGACCCAGAAUGGGCCUUCAAGCAAAAGCUCGUGCUAAGACUGAGAUACUACAACACCCGCAUCCUAAUCCACAAGCCCUUCCUCGUCGCCUCAACCACAAAUGCCGAAUCAGCCGAGUUCCAACAACACCUCCACAUCUGCCUCGAAGCAGCCCGCAUGAGCAUAAAAAUGCAGUACGAGUCUUUCAUGCACCGCAUCUACAUCCGCACGUGGUGGUACAACACUACCUACGCCCUCUACGGCUCCAUGAUCCUCCUGCACCUCAUCCUCUCCAACUUCCCCGGUCUACCAGACGAAGAACUCCUCGAGGACGUCGAGAAAUCGCUCGAAAUCUUCUCGUCCAUGGACGAUAUCAUCGUUGCGCGCCGCUGUGCCGAGAUGCUACGCGAGGUGCUCGAGGUGGCGCGUGCUUGUCUCGCACGGAGGCGGCAGGGUAUGGGUAUGGGUAUAGGUAUAGGUAUAGGUACAGCUGCAGCUGCAGCUACUCCGUCGGCGUCCGGCUCUACGCAAGCGCACCAACCACAUACGCAGUAUCCAUCCGGGCUGGAGAAUCUCCACACGCCGUCCCUCGCGUCUCAUUCUAGCUCUCAUCCGCUCGUAUCUGCGUCUGCGUCUGCGGAUAUGCUGGGUGGCGGUGGUAGCAAAGCGGGCGAUUUCGCUUUGCCGCGGCUUUCGUUCGAUGCGGGUUCUUCGCUUCUGGCGGAGCAGGGACAGGGCGGGGUGGGGCCGGAUGACGAAGAUUUCUUUUUCUCGUUGUUUAGUCAGGAUUCGCAGCAGCAGCAGCGGGAUGAACGGACACGGGCGGAGAUGCUGGCUAAUUUGGUGGAUCCGUCUAUUCUGGAGGACUUUGCGUUUGGGGGGCAGGAGUUUUCGCUCUUUUAG